AUGCCUCCUGCAACGAUCCUCAAAUUCCCAACCAGCUCACCCGCCGACACAUCGCCCCUUACCCGCCUGCAAGAAGCCGGUUUCAAGACCAAAGACAUCCUAGGCAUCGUCGGCAAAACAGAAGGAAAUGGCUGCGUCAAUGAUUUCAGCCGAACACUCUCCUCGCACGUCUGGGAUGCGUUGAUCCCCGAUUCAGCAAUCUCGAUCUUCUCUGGUGGAACCGAAGGCGUUCUCUCUCCACACAUAACCGCCAUUUUGCAGUCUGAUAAGCCUACGGGAUUACAUGCGGCUGUUAGACGAAGCAGGGUGCUUGAGCCUUGGGAGGUUGGGAGUGUGGAGCAUGUUCGAUAUGUGGCGGCGAGUAUUCGCGAGAAGAUGGUCGAGGAGGGUAUCGAGGCUGGAGAUGUCCAACUUGUGCUGAUCAAAUGUCCGCUUUUGACGAGUGAGAGGAUUGCUGCGAUACAGGCUACGGGGAGGAAACCUGUUACGUUGGAUACGUAUGAGUCGAUGGCGCUAUCACGCUACGCCAGCGCCAUUGGCAUUGGAGCAGCCCUCAACCCAACCAUAACAAACACCAUUCCCCAACUACUCUCAAGCGGAGACUUCCAAACGCCACUCGCAUCCUGCUCCUCCGGCGCCGAGCUCCAAGACUGCCACAUCCUCAUCCUCUCCAACACCACUCCUCCCAACCCAUCACCCCCUUCCCUCACGCGCGCCUUCAACAGCACAAUGCACUCCGGCAUCGACUUUUCCUCCCUCCAAACUCUCCUCACCAAAGCCCUCCACCCCUCUCCUCCAUACACGAAAGCAACCCUACUCCAAGUCUUCGUCAAAGCGGAAGCAGAUCCGUCCGGGUUGGUGAAAGGGGAGUUCAGGCAUACGAUGUUGACGGAUAGUGAUUUGCAUUCGACGAGGCAUGCGCGGGCUGCGGUGGGUGGGCUUGUGGCGGGGGUGACGGGUGAUUGUGCGGUUUAUGUUAGUGGUGGGGCGGAGGGUCAGGGGCCGAAAGGCGGCGGGAGUUUGUGUGUCGUUGUCAGGUGGGAGUUAUAUAGGUGA